UGCAUUGUGGGCUGCUGGAGGAGCGCAGGGUCAGAUUGACGCGAACAUGGCCGCGGUGUGUUUCUCCUUGAGCCGCUGCUGCGCCGCCGGUCACCGAGCCUCGAGCACGGCGGUGCGGUUCGCGCAGACGGCGUCCGCGGUUCAGCCCAGAAUCAAGAGCUUCCAGAUCUACCGCUGGGACCCGGACCGCGCCGGAGACAAGCCUCGCAUGCAGACGUACGAGAUCGACCUGAACACCUGCGGGCCGAUGGUUCUGGACGCGCUCAUCAAGAUCAAGAACGAGAUGGACGGGACGCUGACCUUCAGACGCUCCUGCAGAGAGGGAAUCUGCGGGUCUUGCGCGAUGAAUAUCAACGGUGGAAACACUCUGGCGUGUCUGAACAAGAUCGACACUAACACCAGCAAGGUGUCGAAGAUCUACCCGCUGCCGCACAUGUAUGUGGUCAAAGACCUGGUGCCGGACAUGAGCAACUUCUACGCUCAGUACAAGUCCAUCGAGCCGUACCUGAAGAAGAAGGACGAGUCCAGACAGGGACAGCAGCAGUACCUGCAGAGCGUGGAGGACCGGCAGAAACUGGACGGUCUGUACGAGUGUAUCCUCUGCGCCUGCUGCAGCACCAGCUGUCCGAGCUACUGGUGGAACGGAGACAAGUAUCUGGGUCCAGCCGUCCUCAUGCAGGCGUACCGCUGGAUGAUCGACUCUCGUGAUGAUUACACUGAGGAGAGGCUCUCCCAGCUCCAGGACCCCUUCUCUCUGUACCGCUGUCACACCAUCAUGAACUGCACCAGAACCUGCCCGAAGGGUUUGAAUCCAGGCAAAGCCAUCGCCGAGAUCAAGAAGAUGAUGGCCAGCUACAAAGAGAAGAAGACGGCGUCGGCGUGAAUCACAUCAAUCCUGCAAUAUUAUUGUUUCUGCCCAUCACUCCAUACAGACACGUGUUCGUUGUUUCGGAGACCUCUGAAGAGUUUAAGGUCUUUGAUCUGCUGUGUAUUAAAUGAAUGCAUGCUUGUAGAGCACCAUGUGCUGUCUUUAUGAUUUCUUUUCUACAGAAACCAUCGAGUGUUUGAUGGACGUUCUCCUCGAGUCUCACUAAGAGUCUUCCUCCUGCUAAAAUAAUAAUAAAGUGAUUAUAACAUCGA